UGUCCACUUCACUGAUGAAAUGGUGAGAGUCAACACGCAGAAUCGACUCAUAACUCUGAUAUAAAACAAAAGGUUUGUACCAUUCCCAUGGUCCCAGUCCCACAGGAUUGUGAAACUUGGAGAGAAAGGAAGCAACAUCGUUGAUCAUUUAUCAUCCAUUCCACAACAGAUAAACAUGGAUUUCAGUUUCUUACAAGACGCACUGGGAAACAUCCCCAUGGUGAAGAAUUACAUGGUGAUUUCUAUGAUCUUCUCCCUACCAGACUCAACGUCUUCGACCGAUGUCGAGAGAAGCAUUCGCUCAGGAUUGGAUACAUUGUCGGAUUCAUUCCCACAUUUGAAAGGUCACGUGAUCCAUAACGACAAGAGCAGCAAAGAUGGACGCGAUGAUAUUGGUCGUGUUAGGAUCUAUCCCCUUAACGAAGCCAACAAGGAUCACAUUUCCCUGACAAUCAAAGACCUAAGAAAAGAAUCCAAUUUCCCCAGUCUGGAAACUCUCAGAAAAGCCAAAUUCCCCCUUUCAAUGCUCGACGGAAAGAUGCUCGUUCCAUACCAUCUAAUCCCUCCAUUUUUCGAAUUACUCUAUCAAGACUCACCGGACCGACCAGCAAGAGUGUUAUUCUUCCAGGAGAAUUUCAUCAAUGGAGGUCUAAUUCUGACGAUUGCAGCAAACCACACUACCAUGGAUAUGAAUGGUUUGGGGAGCGUGAUUGAAUUAUUCGCACAGGCGUGUCGAGGUGAAGCAUACACUGAACAACAAUUACGAGAGGUCAAUCAGUCGAGAAGAGAUGCUGUUCCUCUUCUCGGUGACGAUUACACGCCAGGUCCGGAAGGGGAGUGGUUCAUUAUGAAGACGCAAAAUUCAUGGACUGAACUGGCCAAUAAGACGAAAGAUGGGUCAGAAGAAGAAAAAGAAGGACAGACGUCGCCGGCCGUUUGUCGCAUGUUUACUUUCAGUCCUGCGUCUCUGGUCAAGUUGAAGGCCGAGGCUAGUGUUCAAACGACUGCGCCGUUUAUAUCGACGAAUGAUGCAGUGACGGCGCUGCUUUGGCAAACAAUCAGUAAAGUCCGGGCGGAGCGAUAUAAGAACACAACGUCGCCCAACAGCAACACCACCGCAAACAGCGAUAGCUGCACCGACUUCCGCACCACCAUCGCCCGUCAAGUCGAUUCCCGUCGCCACUUCAACCUGUCGCGUCUCUAUGGCGGCCACAUGGCAACCUCGGUCUUCAGCACUUCUCCUAACGUGUGGCGCCUCCCCCUCGGCGAGGUAUCAGCCCAACUACGUCUCGCCCUCAGCGAUCCUGACGUUCCAUUCCACUUACGUGCCAUUGCCACACUCGUCCAUCGACCUCAAUACCGACCUCGUAUCGCAUAUGCUGCAAACCUCAAUUUCGACCGUGACGUCGUCAUCUCCUCGUGGGCAGAUGUCAAAUGUUGUGAGACAUCGUUUGGUUCGGUAUUGGGUGUUCCGGAGGUGGCGAUGCGUCCGCGUGUAGCGCCAUUUGCGGCGGGAGCGUUUAUAAUGCCGUUUACAAGGGAAGGGGAUUUGCCGGUGUGUGUGGGGUUAAGGGAGGAUGAUAUGAAGAGGUUAAGUGGGGAUGAGGAGUUGUUGAGGUUUGCGGAGUAUAUAGGUUGAUGCUAUGAGACCGAGGCAUACAUUCAAUGGCUUUUGGGUUCAGUUGGGUUCUAUAUAUGAUGUUUAUAUCGGGAAAUGGUCUUUGUCAUCGUAUAUAUGGGAGUUUUGAU